AUGACAACAAAACAAAAAGAUUAUUCUUACCCGGAAUUCAUACCUCUGUCUAUUUUCAUUUUCUUGUUCAUUCCCCGAUAUCUGUUAUUUAAUCUUGCAUUUCAGGUUUACCCGGACCAUGAUAUUAAAAAUGUGAUAGAGACCAGUUAUAAGAUAGAGAUUCCAGAAUGGCCCAAGUUUGAUGGACCAGAUCCAAAGAAAACAGGAAACCAUAAAGUGUCACCUUUUAAAUGUUUAGUUGGCGAUUUUGAAAGUGAAGCACUUCUCGUACCUCAGCACUGUAUAUUUGAUCAUGAACACGACUCAAACAAAUGUGAGCGACCAUCAGUUUGGAAGAAGACAGCUAGAGACGAGUGUGGGUCACGGGACAUGGUUCUUGAAAGCUCAGGGAUGCUGGUUGUUUGUGGCACAGAUACAUUUAGAGGAGUUGAAUAUGUUUGUUGUCCUAAAGAUGACAAGAGUACACCUACACAGGAAUCUUGGAGCUCAGAGUCAGAGAGUGUAGACUCCGAUGAGAAGGUGGACGACUACACAGCAUAUCUCCGUGGCUAUGACAUGAACAAAUACGUCAACGAACAUGUGAAAUUCAAGGCAGCAGAGAGGUCCAUGCAGAAACAUCAGCAUGAAAAGGUCACCAAGAUGAUGAAGGAAUGGCAGGAGGCUCGUGAGCAUGUUGCUGAGAUGAGAAAGACAGACAAACAGGGUGCAGAACAGCUUAACAAGGAAAUCACAGAGAGAUUCCAGCGUAUGUACCAUGCAUUCGAGGAGGAGGGUAAAAGUGAGAAGAAACAACUGGUGAACCUACACCUGCAGAAAGUACAGGCAAUGUUUAACAAGAAGAAAAACAUACUGAGACAGGAAUACAAGGAAGAAGUGGAAGCUGAUGAACCUAGGUCCUCAAAGGUACUAAGCUACUUGCAGCAGUACAUCCGUACUGAGGAGAAGGACCGUCUUCAUACAGUGAACAGAUACGAGCAUCUCCGUGACACAGAUCCUACAGAGGCUUUACGUGUCCGAGAAUCACUGGUCAAACAUUUGAAACUGAUUGAUAGGAGAAUCGAAGAUGCCAUCAAUAUGCUUAAACGUAAUCCCAACCUGGAAAAAAAAAUCAGACCUGAAAUAGAUGAAUACCGUCACAACAAAUUCCGCAGUUUGGAUAUCACAAUUGAUGAUGUGGUUAUGUCACCAGAGAAGACAAAAACUGAGAUGAUUCCUGUGGAUACAAUCCUGGAUACUUCUGAUGCAGACAGUGAGAGCCAUGACUACACCAACAUUCGUAUUGAGGGUAUGACACUGGAAGAAAACAAUAAUGAACCAAUCGCUGUAAACAUCCAAAGCAAUUCUGCCGUGCAUUCACAGAAGAACCCUACUUCAUUUGUUGGAACUGCCCAGGGCUCAGCUACAACAACAACAAAUGUUGUCGGAAUUACUAUAGGUAGCGUUGCUGUCCUCAUCAUCAUUGUUGUUGCUGUCGUUAUGAUGAGGAAACGGAACAGAAGACAACCAAUUACACAUGGUUUCGUAGAAGUAGAUCCAGCCGCGUCUCCUGAAGAACGCCAUGUUGCUAACAUGCAGAUGAACGGAUAUGAAAAUCCUACAUAUAGAUACUUUGAAAUGGGAAGCAACUAGUAACAGAAGAGAAAAUAGAUAUAUGCGAGUAUAUUCCAUUUUGUUGAAAUCAUUAAAAUUUCAAAUACAAAUAUGUGCACCAUUAUGGAUGGUGAAGUUUUGCACACAACUUUUCCCAGAUUGAUGUGAUGAGUGUAGGAUUUUCACUAAUAGCUGUUGUUGAACAAAUGUUACCCUCAAUGUGUUUGCAAAAUGUAAGUUUAACGUUAUGAAAAUAAAACCAACAUUUUGGCUCCCUUUUGUCUGUACUGAACAAUAAAUUUUAACUAUUGCAUUAUUAUUUGGCUUAACUAUGUUGGUACUUAAGAUAUAUUUGUCCUGUUUGUAUAUUCAUUAAAAUAUGACCAUACUCUCAUGAGUUAUAAUCAAGUAAUUGUCUGCAAUAUUUUAAACAUGUUGUUUUGUACAUUAAAAUAGUAUUGUGUUGUUUAUGCUGUUAGAGCUACGUGUUUUUAGGUUAAUCUUACUAAAUGUGUAUUACAUUAUUUACUUUUCAUUGUUAUUAACAUCAUUGGAAGCUUGCAGUGGGAGAACUUUUAGAUCUGCAAUCGUUUUUCUGUUAUUUUGUUUAUGUCCAUAAAGGCCAGUGAUUGUGUCAUUAUUUGGAAGAAUGUUGUGCCCUGUAAGACUCUGCAGCAUUAAACUUUCCACAAAUCCUUUAUAGCUUUGUUGUAAAGGAGGUAAAAGAACAAGAAGGGGGUUAGUAAAUUUUAAGUUUAGAAUGACACAGUGGUUACACAAUGUGUUACAUUUAAGGACAUUAUUAAUUUAUUACUGCAGAAUUAUUCAGAUAUGAAUUUAUUUUAAACCCAAUAUGCCACACCUUUAGGUACAGCCUUCAAGAGGGCUAAAAGGUAAAAUAGAUAUAAUGUUCUAUACCAAAGCAUUGUAGUAUUAAAUCUGCCAGGAAAAAAUGGAUAACAGUUCUGUUUCAAAGCAUAUAUUAUUAGAAAAAAAAGAAAGCCCAAUAAUUGAAAAAUUUUCUACUGCGCUUGUUGCAGUGCUUUGUAUGUGUGCCAUGAUAAUAAAAACCCAAAGUUCAACCAUAAGUGUAAAAUUGUGUAGCUUGAUCAGUGUUAAUGUCGUUCAUAUUUUGAAAUAAGGUCCAAUUUUUUUUCUCUCAAUUUUUACCAUAUUUAUAGAUGUUUUAUUGUACAUUUUUAUUUGAUGCUGAUUUAAGAUCAUUCUUCCAUUUUGUACAUUUACUCAUGUGUUUUUAUUAUACUUGACUGUAUUUUAUUCAGUAUAUACUUAUAUCUUGUAUAUUGCAUCACUGCAGGUCAUCAAGCUGUUUAUCUAUAUGAGGAAGUCAGGAGAGAAUAUCUCUAUUGAACAAAAGGAAAAAUACUCUUAUCACUUAAUUAUAUAGGGUGCCCGGCCGCUUAGCUCAGUUUGGAGAGCGCAGAUAUACGGAUCACGGGGUCAUGAGUUUGAUCUUCGGACGAGGUUUAUGUUCUCGUAGACAAUAUGAUGAAAGACAUUGUGUCUGAAAUCAUUCAUCCUCCACCUCUGAUCCAUGUGGGGAAGUUUGCAGUUACUUGCAGAAAACAGGUUUGUACCGAUAUAGAAUCCAGGAAAACUGUUUAGGUUAACUGCCCAGUGUUAUGUAACUGAAAUACUGUUGAAAAACGGCGUUAAACCCAAAACAAACAAAUAAUAAUUAAAUAGGUUCAAAGACUGUCUUCAGUUGUGCUGUUAAUCUAAAAACAAAAUAUAAUUUUUUUCACAGUGAUAAGAAACAAAUAACCUGUCUACAAAAUUAUUUGGGUUUGGAGAGUUUCGAGUCGGUUAAAUUUGACCAAUGUUAUAAUCUCUUUUUUUUUGUAAUUAUAACAUGAAAAUGUGAUAUUUUUCUCAAUUCUUUUUAUUAUUACAAUGUAGGUGUUUUUAAAAAUGCAUUUUGCUGUGACCUGCUAAAUAUAUAUAUAUAUUAUCACCUCUGUGUAUGGCAAAGGAGCUUUAGUUGAAGUCUAAAACAGCUAAAUAAAGUUUAGAUAGAAAAAAAUGUAAAACAAUGAUGUGAAAAAGGUAUCCAAAAUUCCAAAUUUCUACUGCCAUACAUGGAGAUGUCAUGCUUUUGCAGAAAAAUCUGAAGUGUACAAGUAAUUGUAUAUUCAUACUUUAGAGAUACACAAAAGUGAGUGUUUUUGUGACAGGAGACUGGAUUUAUUGCAUAAGGAGCUUACAGAUUUUGUCUCUUUCUAUCAGUGCAUGUUUUAGAAUUUUGAAAUUAAAAGUUUAAGGAAUUAUAAUGCAUUUAUCAUGCCUGGUGUUGUAGGGGACUGGCCAAGCUGGGGAGGGAAGUGUAGUAAAUCUGUGAUAGGUAUGAAAAGGGGAUUAGACCAUACAUUCCAUGUGUACAUUAUACUGAUCAAGAUUCCCUCAUGUAAGCUUGUCUACCUAGCUGGCAGUGGGCACAGGCCCAGUGGUGUUGGGACUGAAGCUUGAUACAAGGUUUGUAGUAGUGGAUAUUUCAAUUUUGGAACAUUUCCUCAAACAGGUAAAAUGGUUCACUGUGAAUGUGAUCAGUUUUAUAUUGCUUUUACUUAGGGCAUAGAAAAGCAAGACCUUGGUUGUAAUACAGUAUGCUACCUGUUUUAUGUGACUGUUACCUUGUCCUAUAGGAUGACAGUUAUUAGGUUACAGCUUGUUUAUAGUGAAAAUGCUCAUCCAAUCAUCAUUUAGCAGAGUAAGAGGAAAGCCAUUGUAUUCCAAGUUAAAAGACAAGUUGAUUAUUUAAUGCAGAUGUUAUUAAGAACUUUAAAAAAGAAGUUUCCAUAACCAUUAUUAUUUACAAUUGAAAGUAUUCAAAUGGUAAUUUAACUUUGUGUAUCUCUACAGUAACCAUAUGUGGCAAACAGGUCUAUAAAUAAUGUAACUGUGUUGUGAUUUGUGUAGUGUACAACUCUGCACCUUUACAUCUUGUCAAUUCAUGCAUCAACUUACUAUAUGUGUAUGUAAAUGAGAAAAUAAAACUUGUACACUUCACAAAA